UUAUCCCUAAAACAUUUUCCCGUAUCCAUAACACAAAUCAAUUAUUCUGCUAUAUCAUUUAAUUUCCCUCUCUUCUUUGUUCUUCAAAAAAUUUACUCUCUUUGUUUUCAGCAAAAUGGCUUUCGCUCCUGCACCAUCCUUUAAAGAUCCUCCUUUACCCACUUCCAUCACACCGCCACCUUCUUUUAAUCCACCCGCCACCGCCGUUGCCUUCUCUCCGGUCAAACCCGAGUUGUCCACUCCAUCUACCUCCACUGCCACCGCCGCCACUCCCCGUCCUCCACCAACCACACCCUCCUCCGAUCCCGACGUUGUCCAUAUCCCUAGUUACUCCAGGUGGUUUUCUUGGAAUGAUAUUCAUGAAUGUGAGGUUCGAAAUGUACCCGAAUUCUUUGAUUCACGGUCUCCUGCGAAAAACCCUAGGGUUUAUAAGUACUAUAGGAACUCGAUUAUCAAGUAUUUUAGGAGAAAUAACCCUUCUGGAAAGAUUACUUUCACGGAAGUUAGGAGGACGCUUGUGGGUGAUGCGGGUUCCAUUCGAAGGGUUUUUGAUUUCUUGGAAGCUUGGGGUUUGAUUAAUUAUUCUCCUAAUGCUUUGAAUAAGCCAUUGAAAUGGGAAGAUAAAGAUGCCAAAUCAAGCGGUGGUGGUGGUGACAGUAAAGGUGCUUCUGCUGAUAAUACUCCUCCGAAAAGAGAUACCACUAAGAGAUUGUGUAACGGUUGCCAGUCUGUUUGCACCAUCGCUUGCUUUGUUUGCGAUAAGUAUGACCUGACCCUUUGUGCUCGGUGCUAUGUGCGUGGCAAUUAUCGCGUUGGUGUAAGUUCCACAGAUUUCAGGCGGGUUGAGAUUAGUGAAGAAAUUAGGUCAGAGUGGACAGAGAAAGAGACAUUACAACUUCUGGAGGCCAUUACACAUUUUGGUGAUGAUUGGAGGAAGGUUGCGCUACAUGUUCCUGGUAGAAGUGAUAAGGAUUGCGUCACUCAGUUUCUCAAGCUUCCAUUCGGGGAACAGUUUUCCGGUUAUACAGACUUGGGAGAACUGAAUCACAAUUAUGAACGAACAAAAGAUUCUAAUGAUACUAUAGAUGCUUCAGAAAAUAACGACCCCUCAUCUGCAAGCAAACGGAUGCGUCUUACACCUCUUGCGGAUGCGAGCAACCCGAUAAUGAGCCAGGCUGCUUUUCUAUCAGCUCUGGCGGGUGCGGAGGUUGCAGAAGCUGCCGCGCAAGCAGCCAUAACGGCUUUGAAUGAAGCAAGUAAGAGCAAUCCUGAAUCUUUUUCCAGGAAUAGAAGAGAACAAGUUGCCAAUGCUCGAUUGAAUGGAAAUGUGAACCAAAACGGAAUUGAGAGAACUUCCACGACGCCUGAGAAGGAGGAUGUAGAUGCAGAGAGAGCCAUUUCAAAGAUGGUAGAAGUGCAGAUGAAAGAGAUGCAGGACAAAAUUGUGCACUUUGAAGAGUUGGAUUUGCAAAUGGAAAAAGAGUGGCAACAGUUGGAGCUCAUGAAAAAUCUGCUGUUUGUUGAUCAGCUCACUCUUCUGUUUAAUAAAAAAUCAACUCCUCAACCUGAGGAACGUGUUGAGGACAAUCCAAGAACAAAUUUAAAUUCUAUCACUUGAUUUUUUUUUAAUGAAAUCCUCAAUUUAUAUAAAAUAAGUUGUCUUGUAAUUCUUACAUGGCGGUCGUGUUUUAUGUUUUCUGUAAUUUUAUUUUAUUAUAUAUUAAUAGUUUAUAGUUCAA